GCUUAUCAACUGCUCUGGGCCCUCGGCUGGAACUGAGCUCUUUUGCCAGUGAGCCCAGUAUUCAGAGAGAAAGGCUAAAGUCCUCAGGAGGAUGUGGCUGCAGAACCUGCUGUUCCUGGGCACUGUGGUUUGCAGCAUCUCCGCACCCACCCGCCCACCGAGCCCCGUCACCCGGCCCUUUCUACAUGUGGAAGCCAUUAAAGAAGCUCUGAGCUUUCUGGGACCAAGCAAUGACCCUGCUGCUGUGAUGGAUGAAACAGUAGAAAUCGUCUCUGAAGUGUUUAACCCCCAGGAGCCGACGUGCCUGCAGACCCGCCUGGAGGUGUUUAUGAAGGGCCUUCGGGGCAGCCUCACCAGGCUCAACGGCUCCUUGACCUUGAUAGCCAGCCACUACAGGCGGCACUGCCCCCCUACGCUGGAAACUUCCUGUGCAAUCCAGAAUACCACUUUUGAAAAUUUCAAAGAGGACCUGAAUGCUUUUCUACUUAUCACCCCCCUUGACUGCUGGAAUCCAGUCCAGAAGUGAGGCAGGCCAGUCCAGGAGCCAGCCCUGGGAGCUUACCUUGCAGAUCGCUGCCCUCCUACCCUCAAAGAGCCGAAACUCAGGAUCUCCACCUUGGAGGGGCCACAGGAUGGGCCAGGCCAUGGGGCCACGGACUUGUGCUGAGCCAUGCUGACCCAUAUCUGGGUGGAGGAUUUUUACACUGGCAGGGACCAUUAAUAUUUAUUUAUAUAUUUAUGUAUUUUAAUAUUUAUUUAUU